UGAGCUUCAGUGUUUUAUAAGGAAGUGGCUGCUCUCGCCAAGCAACACAGUGGUUGUUGUUUGCCUGUGAGCAGCAGCUUGGAAACCUAAAACAUGAAACUCUUAGCAGUAUUCGUUUGCUUACUGGCAGGCUGCCUGGCCGGGAAGCCUCAUCCAUGCUCAAGUCCUCCUCUCCUGAGUGGAGCUCUCACUGUGUCCACACAGAAUGAAAAGCUGUGGGCCUAUACCCAGUACCUGUAUGAUGCACUUGGACAGCGGAUACGACUCAAGGAGCUGGUCAUUUAUGAGAAUAAGACCCUCACCUAUGAUGCUCUUCUGCUCUUCAGAGAGGCCACCAUGUAUGAGAUUGUUGAUUCUAACCAUACGUGCAAGAAGAGGCCCCUGAAGACAAACUUCCAGCCUCUGGAAAUCCCCAAAACUGCAGCUUUGCUGGGCCAAGUUGUCGUGGGCAGCUCGUCUGGACCAGGAGAGGGGCUCCUGGUCAACACCUGGACGGGAGAUCUGCCCGACCAAGGAGGAAAGUUCAUGACAACGGUCACUGAAUUCGGAUGCAUUCCGGUCAGCACUGUGUACCACACUGAGCAGUUCGGAUGGACAGUGACAAGCUUCUUUAACAAUGUCAUCGGGAUUUCGGACCCGGGUCAGCUAAACCCUCCGGACUUCUGCGCGGAUGCAGAGAUGAAGGACAGCACAGAAGAGCCAGCAGACUUCCUCAGCUUGUUCCUCAAAAAGCAUUAAUCAGCCUUGUUUGACUAACGUCUUAAGCUUUCUUUGAGAUGUUAAUUAUAAAAUGAGUGGAGCCACUGAAUCAUAGCUGUAGGUACAUUACAUUGAAAUAACAUGUUGAAUUCAAAGCACAAAAUUUUGCUAAAUUGUACACAUCACAUGCAAUUUCAUAUAUGUAUAUUUUUUCAGGAAAAAAAGGUCUGGCACAAACUUUUCUCCUAGAAAUAUUAAGUCGUUGUUUGGUGAGAUUUUCACCAAAAUGUUGGAAGACCAUGUUAAUAUCUCUGUGUAAUGUUUUCAGCUCGUUCGCUACUCUCUAGUCGUUAAAAUAAAUAAAUAAUUUUCUCAUAA